UAUUUACACUGGUACCAAAAGAAGGACGACAAAGCUCUCACAAGGAUCCUACAUGUCAAAAAAGAUAGCCCACCUGUUCAAGAUACUAACUAUCCUGAAGCAAAGGACUUUGAUGUGAGGGAAAAUUCUGGUAAUUAUGAUGUAAUGAUAUCAAAAUUGAAGAAAAGUCACUCAGCGGUUUAUUACUGUGCCAGCUGGGAGUCAAGCUACCACAGUGAUAGUGAAUGUCCUGCAUUCUUGUUGAUAUUGUGUUAGUGCUCGCUGACAAAGUGGCGAAUCCCCACCCCAGGAAAUGACAUCAUUACUUUAUAAAGGAAAGACUCAUGUUCUAAACUAGCAUUAAUGCAAAAGGUGCAAUAAAAAGUGUUGAACUGAAACAAAAUAAAAAUGUCUAUAGGCAUAUAUACUGUUAUCUUCUCUUUGCUCACAGAAGCUGUUCUGGGAGUGACAGUGGAGCAAAAGGAUCUUUCCAUGACAAAAGGAGAGGGCAAAAGUGUGUAUAUCAGCUGCAAAGUAACGGAAUUAACAACAGAUUAUGUCCACUGGUACCAAAAGAAAGAUGGUGAAGCUCUCACAAGGAUCCUAUAUGUAAAAAAAAAUAGCCCAGUUAUUCGUGAUAACCACCUUGAAGUAAAUGAUUUCGAUGUGAGGACACAGUCAGAUAAUUUUGAUCUAAAGAUAGCAAAACUGAAGAAAAGUCACUCAGCAGUUUAUUACUGCGCCAGCUGGAAGAGAGAUGCCACAGUGACUUUAAAUAUUCACAGUCUGUACAAAAACCCAGAUGACAAAGAAAAGACGAGUCCAACAGUAUCUGUGUAUCCAGUGUCCAACGAGGCGAAUGGAACAAGUGUACUGCUGUGCCAGGCGCAAGGCAUGUUCCCAGACUUGGUGAAAUUCACGUGGAAGGAUCUUAAUGGAAGACAAGUGCAAGCAUCAGAGGGAGGUUAUGAGCUGUUGGAGCAGAGAGAUGGUCAGGAUCAGAAUAUCAGAAUAACCAGCAUGCUCAUUAUUGACCAAAGCAAAGUGACAUCAUAUCAAUACACAUGCUUCGUUAAACAUGAAGGUGAAGAGAAGAUAGGAAUCAUUCCAAAAGAUGAGCAACCUGCUGCACCAAGCUCCUGCAUAGAACAACAAACAGAACAACAAGAGGAAAAUCUCAUUUCUGAUUUGUUUAAGCUCAGCCACAGUCUGUAUUUGUUCAGCGUGACAUAUGUGAUGCUACUGGUGAAAAACCUGCUGUAUUUCUGCACCGUCAUUUUCUUACUGUACAAGAGGAAUUCUGCUAACAAGGAGAUGCUCGGAGGAAAUGCUCGCUGAUCGAGUCAUUAUUCUUGUUACUGACAAUUUCAUUUCGUUUGAAAAAAUAUUUUAAAAGAUAAUAAAUUUAUAGUAAUCCAGUUUGUUAAACAUCUGUUAUAAUCUCAUUCUGUUCAUAUUUGUAAUUUUUUAAAUUGCUGCUCCAAUGUUGUUUCAGUAGUAAAUUAACCACAACAACAACAACAACAACAACAACAACAAAACCCCACUGUGGACUGUUUGUGUGGCAGCAUUAUCCUUUUCUGGUCCUUUAUUAGAUAUAACAGGCAUAAAUCUUGGUCAAUGGAAAUUUUAGUUCGUUCUGCUCUGUACUAUAUUCUGUGGUAUUUGGUUUCUUUAGUGCUCUUCUUAUGAAGUUUUUGUCCUCUGUAAUAAUAAAAUGUUUUCAGGUUUUUUUUUUUUAUAGUGAUCAAUAAAAGGAAAAAAGUCA